AUGCAAGAGCAGAAAUACCAACUUCACCACAUUCCAUUGAUGCAAUCAAGAACAUGUGGAGAGUCCAAGAGAGGAGAAGAUGAUUGGGCACUUGUAACCUUUGUUGGAGAACAAAAUCAAGACCCAAGAAAGUGUAAGAAGGCAAUGGAGAAGGUGAACAUCGAGCCAUGUGUGAAGAUGGACACCCAAACCCUUGAUCUUCUCAAGAUAAGAGAUGAUGUCACAUGGUACAUAAGGAAGCUAGGCUUGAGCAAGCUCUUCAAGCUAGAAUGUAGUGAGUACUCACAACUCACCAAGGAGUUCCUCUCUACAGUAGCUCUUGCCUUUCCCAACCACAAUGGAGACCAACCAGCUGGUGAAGGACUCCUACUCUUCAAGAUAGGCGAUGCCAAUGGGCGCAUAUCCAUCUCAGCUCUAUGCCAACUCUUUGGACUUCCCAAUGAGACAGCACAUGACUUCAAGGAGAACUCAAAGAGGAAACAAGCUGCCUUUGCUGAUUGGACACACUUUGCCAAUGAACCAUUCUUGCCUUCAAGGUCAAAGGUGUCUAGAAUCACUCAUCCAGCCAUUCGCUAUGUGCACCGCCUCAUCUCCACCACUUUCCAAUGCAAACAAGAAGCCAACAAGACAUUCAUCAAUGUGAGGAAGCUAGCUAAAGACUUGGAAGGCAACAAGAAGCUUUGUGUUCGUUUUGGGAGGCUUAUCACGGCCAUAGUACAGCAUGUGGGGAUUGACAUUCCCAACUAUGAGCCACUACCCAAGCCAACCCCUUUGGAUCUCCAUGCUCUUCAGCACAUCCACUUCCUAAACCGUUGGACUAAAGACCCAACUCGGUUUUGCUAUGAGUUUCCAAUUGGUCCAGCCAACACUUCCCUUGUCUUGCUGCCACAUGAGGACAUCCCAAGCCUACGCUCAGGAGUUGUCACUUUCCAGCCCAAUGAGGAAGAGUUCUAUGUUCCAUCAAGUGAGAAACCAUCAUUCCCCAUGCUCACCUAUCGCACACUUCAGCAUGCAGUCAAGACUCAACGCCGCGUCCAAGAACGCCAUGUUCUCACUACUGGCAUGGCCGCCCAUCAAGCUCUAGACCGUGUUAACAAGCUGGAGAAGAUAGUGGAAUGCCAAUCUCGCUUCAUCUCACGCCUAGUCCGCGUAGUUCGCCACAUUGCACCGGAGAGACUCUUUCGCCCUUCUUCCACCGCUAGAGAGCCAUAUGAGCCUGACCUUGGUGAGUUCUCACUAGACUCAGAGCUUGGUUCAGAAGGCGAUGACCCCAUAGAUGAGGAAGAGAGUUCUUCUCACUGCCACACAUAG